AUGCCCCCAUCAUGCGCAUCGGCAAUCCCAGCAGCACUGGCAUCAGCAGCAACCUGGAACCUAGCCGGGCUCCUAGUGGGGGCAGGCCUGUUUCUUGCGGGUGUCUCAGCACUGAUCUUUGUCGUCACAGCUAUACCUGCCAUCGUGGCUGCGAGGCAGGCAAUGCUGGAGCUACAGCGGACACUCAGGACACUGGAUCAGGAGCUCCCAGACACCGCUGCAGCCAUUCGCCUGUCUGGCCUGGAGCUGUCAGACGCCAUCGAGGAGGUGUCCCUCCUAAGCAAUGACUUGAGCCAGGGGGUGAGAGCAACAGCACAGAUGAUGACAGGCACGCAGAGCAGCAUCAUACAGGGGGUGGAGCUUGCCGGGGCAGCCAUCAAUGGCUACGUCCUUCCUGCAAUGAAGCAACGAGUCCCAGCAGCCAGGAGUGCGCUGGAGGCGAGGCUGCAGGAGAGCGCAAAAAUGCAGCGGCAGGCUCCGUCCGUUGCUGAGCUGGCAGCCAGCACCAAGGUGGCUGCCACCCGGGCGCGCGCCACGCUGGCGGCCGCCAAUCUGGCCGGCCUGGCCGCGCGACUCGUCGGCACCGCCCGCGCGCUUCGGCCCGGCUCACGCGCUGCCCCUACAUGA